AAGCCAAAGGCAAGGUCACUCACGCACAUGGCGGACGAAAUAGAGAUAGAAAGAGAGGAAAGUGUAUUCAGCUGUUAAUGGUGCCUCAUCCUUUUCUACUAUUUAUACCGCUAUUGUCUCUUUCAAAAGCCAAAGCCUUAGCCUUCCACACACACUCCAUUUCUACACUUCUGAGUUUUUUCCGAAGGUAAAUUUUCCACCGUUUAAUUUACCUUAUCUUCAGAUCCUCUUGUAACGGAGUCACCGGAACCCUAACAAUCUUCAGUGAAUUGCAUUUGUAAAGUCAUGUUUUCGUUGUCGGUCAUUUGCGCUUACUCGGAAUGGUUUUCUUCAGCAGUGACGAUUGAAUUUUGCUGAAUUUUAUAGCUGGAAUCGUUAUUGUUUUUUCUUGGAGGUCAUUUUUGCUUACUCGGAAUGGUCUUCUCCAGCAGUAGCAGUCACUCUUCCUGCAUAUGUUGUGUUAGAUUGAAUUUUGCUUAAUUAAAGUUGAAUCCUCUACUUAAACAUACAAAUGGAUAUUAUAUGUCCAGACUACAGAUGAUUCCGACGAUGAGAUUUAUUAUGUAGUGAGGCUUGGUGCUGGUCUUUCAUUCCUUUUUGAUGGUUAGCAUUUGACCAAGGAUACACUAAGGACGAAGGACUUUCAUUCCUUCUUGAAAAUUAAUAAUUCAGCAAAGAUGCUGCUGUUCAACAAAGACAUUGAAGGUCUGCAUGACGAUGGUUUUGAUGGGUCAGUGAACGAGACACAAAUAUUUGCAGUCGUGUUCUUCGGAAAUGAAAGCGGUACCGAAAGGUGUCUUGUGACCGAAAUGAUCAAUUUUGAGGGUGUCCUUACUAGCCAGACAGAUGAACCUGGACAUUUGUGUGGUGAAAAUUCCGGUUUGACACUACAUCAUGAUUCUCAUGACAUGAAGGAAGAUUCUAGAGAAGGCCCUUGUGAAAAAGAGCUAACAAACAGUCAUGUGGAAAAGGAAUCUGAAUCAUUAGCUUCCUUGGAUAGAGUACCUGCAGAUGUAUCUCAGCAACCUUUUUCCUGCCCUUCUCUGAGUGUGAUAUGUCAUAUAGUUGAAUCUUCGAACCAAGGUGUUAAAUCAAGUUCUUAUUUGCAGAAGCGGCACACUCUGCUGGACAGAAGUCACAUGCUUGGUGAAAUGGAUUCAUCAAAAUUAAGAUCAUCUAAAAUAGAAGGAAAUGAAUGGAAGGAUGUAGUUGGUAAAGCAAUUGCGUCACCUGCUUCUCAGGAGAGCUAUGCAACCAAGUUUUUAGUUGGCAGUGCUGCAAAGUCAUCAGAGAUUCUCCGACCAGCCAAGCCAAAGUGGAGGGACCAUUGCUUUGUAGAACUGGAUGAAGCUGAAUUGUUAACGAUUAAGGAUUCUCCAAAUGACCCUCGCCCUGUUCUCCGAUACCACAUCCAUCGUUUGCUCAGAACAGCAGGAUGGGUAAUCGGGAGGCGUAGAAGAAAUAAUAAAUUUCAUGGAAUUGGUGAGUAUGUUUACAAGUCACCUGAAGGAAGACCAUUCCGUGAAUUCCGGAAAGCUUGGGCCUUGUGUGGACAGAGUGUGUUUACUUAUGCAGAUGGUAUUUUUCCAGAAAAGGAUUGUAGGUUAUGGUCUGAUAUAGCACAAUUUUUGAGUGACCUAUCAGGUACAGUGACGGAGAUUGAAGAAAAGCUGGGUACAUUGGGAACAGCUUCUGCAUUGGCUCGGCUUUGGAGUCUCCUCGACCCCUUUGCAACUGUGGUGUUCAUUGACAAGAAAUUGAGCCAUCUCAAAGAAGGAAAAACAGUUAAAGCCAAAACGACUUUGUCCACAGCUCCUGUUAAAGAUAAUGGGCUAAAGAUUGUAGACGAUGCAGGAAACCUCUUUGCUGAGAGAACUUUGCAAAAUCAGCCUUGCAGCUCUUCUUUUGUCUCAGAUAGUGCAAUGACAAGUCUUGAGACAGAUAAAUGCAUCCACAAGGAGUAUGGUGAUGAAAGUUCUCUCAACUUAACAGAGUCACAGAUGGGUGAAGGCAAAUAUCUGAAUGGCGUAUCUUAUUAUUAUCGUAAUGAAAAAUCCAUGUGCGUAAGGGAUAUUGUCAGUCCGGGUGCUAAUAAAUACAGGAAGCGCUUGGAAGAUGGUAAUGAUGUACUGGAAUUAGCUCCUUCACCCGCUUGUGGAUCUGAAAGCACCAGUGAGCAUGCUGAAUCUUGUUUGUUUGAAGUUCCUAUUAGUUCAGGAGAUGUACUAACGAUUGGGGGAUCUGAUACUGUUCUUACUCAGCAUGAUAGCAAUAAAAGUUUCUCAAGCCAUGAUGUGAAGAGUUCUGAUCAUGUUGGUAAUUUGUUCAUCAAAAAUGUACCAGUGAGUGGUCUUGACGGUAGAGAAGUUCCCUAUUUGGUGGGAUCCACGUUUGAUUCAAGCCAUAGAAACAGUGAGAUGAUGGACACAAAAUCUCUGACAAUGAUUUCCAAUGGUAUACCUCAUGCAGAAAGCUCAGUCUUGAAAAGGAAGGCCCCGAAGAAAUCAAAAAAAUUAUCAGAAAUGGAAUUUACUAAUGGUUACCAUGAUGAAAAGUUUGAUCCAUCUUAUAAUAAGAGUGGAGUUCAUGAAGUUAGUGGGUCUGGCACACAAAUACAUUUAAGAGCCAAGGGAUAUUUAGUAGACCACCUGGGGAAAGCUAGAGGUCAUCAAUUCUGUUGUUCAGAGUCUCAGGAAAAUACUGAACAGAAGGGGUUUAAUGUGAAUAUGAAGGGGUUCAACUCUGGGAAUAUUGAUGAUGACAACCCGUUGGAAGGAAAUAUUGAAUCUAAAGCAAUUACAAGCAAGCGCAAAAUUGGAUCAAAGAAACGUAAGAGAUGUCGUAUUAAUGACGACGAUCUCUUAAUUUCAGCUGUAAUUAGAAACAAGACAUGCAGAUCUGGUAACAAAAGGUCCUCUCGUAAAAUCAAGCCUCCAAGAAAGAGGAAGAGCCAGAAAAGUGGUUGCAAGUUGCUUUUACGUGGCCUCAACAAGGGUGGAAAGCACUUCACCGAAGCAAAAUGGCCUACCUUUGCCCCGAGGACUGUGUUAUCCUGGUUAAUUCAUUCUGGGAUUGUUUACCUAAACGAAGUGAUCCAGUACCGGAACUUGAAAGACGAUUCUGUGGUAAACACCGGCUUAAUUACCACUGAUGGAGUAUUGUGCAAUUGCUGUGACAAGGUGCUAUCAAUCUCCGAGUUCAAAAGUCAUGCGGGUUUUAAGUUCAAUCGUCCCUGUUUGAACCUUUUCAUGGAGUCUGGUAAUAAACCAUUCACCUUAUGUCAGCUUGAGGCUUGGUCAGAUGAAUACAAGGCGCGGAAAGUUGUUUCUCAAACUGCCCAAACUGAGGAAAGGGACCAAAAUGAUGACAGUUGCGGGCGAUGUGGUGAGGGUGGCGAGUUGAUUUGUUGUGAUAAUUGUCCAGCUACUUUUCAUCUAGCUUGUUUGUUCACACAGGAGCUUCCUGAAGGGAGUUGGUAUUGUUCGCAGUGCACUUGCCAGAAAUGUGGGGAAGUGGUUAAAUAUAGUGAAGCAUUGUGUUCCCCCGGUGGAUUAAAAUGUUCACAGUGUGAACAUAAAUAUCAUGAAGCAUGCAGUAAACUAAGAAUUACCAAAAGUGGACCGGACUCUGAUACGUGGUUCUGCAGCGAAAGCUGUCAGGAGGUUUAUAAAGGUCUUCACUCUCGCAUAGGGUUCAUUAAUGGUCUGACAGAUGGCUUUUCAUGGACUCUUCUGAGGUCCAUUCAUGGUGACCACAUAGUUCAUUCUGAUCAGCGGUUUAUUGCUUUAAAGGCAGAAUGCAACUCAAAGUUAGCAGUUGCCCUUACGAUUAUGGAGGAGUGCUUUCUUCCCAUGGUGGAUCCAAGAACUGGCAUAGAUAUGAUACCCCAAGUGAUAUACAGCUGGGGAUCGCAAUUUGCAAGAUUAAAUUAUCAGGGAUUCUACACGAUGAUCCUUGAGAAAGAUGACGUAUCAGUAGCUGUAGCAUCAGUAAGGAUCCAUGGGGUAACAGUUGCUGAGAUGCCUCUAAUUGCAACAUGCAGUAAAUACCGCCGCCAGGGAAUGUGUAGGCGUCUACUAAAUUCUAUACUGGAGAUGCUAAAGUCGUUCAAGGUUGAGAAAAUUGUACUAUCAGCUAUCCCCGGUUUAGUGGAAACAUGGACGUGUGGCUUUGGCUUUGAACCCUUGGAAGAUUGUGAGAAACAAAGUCUUAGUCAUAUCAACCUCAUGGUGUUCCCUGGAACCGUAUGGUUGAAGAAAUCUUUGUUUCAAGCUGCUGAUGCUGAUCAACCGAGUGCAGUUCAUCCGGGAAAAACAGUAUCCUGCCCUGGGAAUGGCCUCACCAUUAUUGAGCCCAUGCAACAUUGCGUGACAUCUCAAGAUGCCAACGCAGGAGCUGAUGAUGUCAGACACCCACCUCAGUCUGAGAGCAUGCAAGUCAGUGAAGAUCAAGGUGGUAGUAAUCUUUCUGGACAAUGUUCCACAACUUCUUCCCGUGAGGAAUCAGCUAUUUUAUUUAUGGACAACAAGAAUUGUGAUGUAGAAACUCAUAAGCCCGGGCAAGGUUGUGAGGGAAAUACAAUUAAUCCGGAGCAUCAAACUGAAGCCAGGCUGCCGGAGUUAAAUGCUUUACAAUUAGUGGAAGUGCAGUAUGUUGUUGACACUCUGCCUGGUGAGUGCACAAAAUUCUCAGAGGAACCGGUUCUGACAUAUAUCAGUCACGGGGAAGUAGGUUGUAGAGUAGAUAAUUUGCAGAAAAAUGUGGGCAGCCAUUUUUGUUUAGAUGAAGCGCCACAGCGAAUUGAUGUAUUGCAAGGGUAUGAGAAAUGAUGUUGAUUAUUUAUAACUUUUCUGCCUAUACACCAGUGGACUUUGUCAAAAAGAAAAAUGAAAAAAAAAGCAAAGAUUUUGCAACUAAAAUAGCUAAUGUAUGUUUGCAUAUUUUAUGUAUUUAUAACUUUUUUCA